AUGGCUGAAUCACACAGAUUAUACGUUAAAGGUAAGCACAUUUCAUACCAACGUUCUAAGAGCGUUAACAACCCUAACGUUUCUUUGAUUCAAAUCGAAGGUGUUGCUGCUCCACAAGAUGCUAAGUUCUACUUAGGUAAGAGAAUUGCUUACGUCUACCGUGCUUCCAAGGAAGUCAGAGGUUCUAAGAUCAGAGUUAUCUGGGGUAAGGUUACCAGAACCCACGGUAACAACGGUUUAGUCAGAGCCAACUUCAAGAAGAACUUGCCAACUAAGACUUUCGGUGCUUCUGUCAGAAUCAUGUUGUACCCAUCUAACAUCUAA